AUGAAGGCCCAAACAGCGGCAAUUAUCCUGUCGUUCUGCAGCUCUAUUCUCGCUGUCCCUGUCCACAACCCGGAUGCUAAACGGGCUGCUUAUCCGAGUAGCCAGCCCCAAUGGCCCACCGAUCCUUUCGGGAGCGGAUUCCCCUUUUCUUUUGGUUCCUACGGGAAUAAGGAACAGGCUCCUGGCAGCAGCAGCAUAGCCACUCCUUCGGGCACCCCAUUUAGCCUCCCGUCAGGGGCUUCCAGCGGAGUCCCACGGCCUGUCGCGACUCCCGCUCCUAACCAGCUCGUCCAUGGGCCCUUUUCUGUCAACGCUCCCCCAGCCAAUGGGGUCGCUUCCAGGCCCACGGAAACCUCAGUGAGCGCUCCGGCCGGACAAGUUGCUGGCGCUGGACGACCUCAAAGCCAGUCCUCCCAGGGAUUCCCGCCAUACGGGCAAACCGAAGGUGUGUCACCUAGCGGCGGUCUUUCUGGAGGCCCGCCCUCGGAGGGUUCUGCCCCGAGCAGCCAAGACCCCGGUAGCAUCGAUACAAGCUCUGCUUACGAAGAUGGAUAUUAUGUGGGAUACACCCCAACUGGCCACACGUCUGCUCCUUCCAAUAGUGAGCCUACUAGCAGUCCUGGUGGCCAGACUGGCCAGUACCCAGGCGCUCAACACACUGGUGUUCCUGGAGGUCAGCAAUCUCAGGGCUACCCUUCGAGCGGACAGUACCCUGGUGAGUCUAGUACAACGCCUUUCGGGGGUCAUUCUCAGAGUACAAGUGGCCAGUACCCGUAUGGCCAAUCUACUGGAGCUCCUUCUGAAGGAGGAUACACUCCUAGUGGUUCCACGACUGGUGGACAAUAUCCUGGUUCUGGCUCCGGAUCUGUGUACCCAGGUGAACAAUCAACAGGACCAUUUGGCAACAGCUACCCCAGUGAACAGUCGAGCGAGCCCUCAACCAACGGCUACCCUAGCACUGGCCACUCAACGAGUUCUUACCCCAGUACCGGAUACUCUGGAGGCUCUUCUUCUGGAGCUACCUACCCUUCAUCUGGGCACUCCGCAGGGACUUAUCCUAGCUCUGGCCAGUUCAAGAGCCCCUCCCAGGGCACCUAUCCUUCCACUGGGCAGUCAACGGGCUCCUUUCCUGGCUCGGGACUUUCUGGAAGUACUUCGGGAGCCAGCUAUCCUUCGUCGGAGCAUUCGACGGGCAGCUACCCUGUUGCGGGGUCUUCCCAGGGCCCUUCCAGCGGCGCUAGUUUCCCUUCCACUGGCCACUCCGCGAGCACCUUCCCUGGAACUGGGUAUUCGGAAGGCACUGGAGCUGGAAGCACCUACCCAUCCUCCGGACACUCCACGGGCAGCAUCCCUAGCUCUGGAUAUUCUGAGGGUCGUCCUUCCACUGGAGCUGGCUAUCCUG